AUGAAGUUACACUAUGUAGCAUUAUGUCUAAUUCCAGUCUCAUUGGCUUUUGUUAGCAAUAGCCCGAAGAGUGACAUCAAGGGAAGUUCAAAUCUUGCUAUUGUAAAUCGGCAAAACGGAAACACGACAGGAUACGCAGUCAAGAAACCACCACUAGAUACACCUUGGACAUAUAAAGCUGGUACGAAUCCCUGGCCAGAGUAUCCUAGACCCCAGUUACAACGAUCUCAGUGGAAGAACUUGAACGGAAUAUGGACAUACCAAAAUGCGUCUGGGUUGGAUGCAAUUAAUAGCCCACCAGUCAAUCAACCGCUGGAAAAUGAAGUAUUAAUCCCGUCGUGUCUGGAGUCUGGACUUUCCGGAAUCCAAGGUGUUGAUACCAUCUACUCCUGGUUUUCGACUUCCUUCACCGUUCCAUCAAACUGGACAGGCGAGCGAGUGCUUCUAAACUUUGGUGCCGUUGAUUAUGAAGCAACAGUUUUCGUCAACGGCCAACAAGUAGGAUUCAACCGAGGAGGGUAUUUUCAAUUCACGAUCGACGUGACAGACCAUCUCUCAGCAAAUGGAAAUAAUGAAUUGCUUGUUUUUGUCCACGAUCCUACCGACAGCGGAGAUUAUGUGAUUCCCAUUGGGAAGCAAACACUACGUCCAUCCCAUAUCUUUUACAGGCCAUGUAGUGGGAUUUGGCAAAGUGUGUGGAUUGAAGCCGCGCCAGCGAAUUACAUUACUCAAUUGGACCUCGCUGCAGACAUGCAUGGUCAAUUAAAUGUCACAGCACACAGCGCAAUUACAGACUCGGGUAUUGCUGAGAGAACCCCAGUAAAGGUUGAAGUGCAUGAUAGUGGCACAACCAAUGUGAUUGCAACCUGCCAGGGUACUGCCGGUCGAGAAUUUCAAUGCACUGUUCCCUCGCCAAAGCUAUGGUCUCCAGACUCACCUACCCUUUACAACAUCUCUGUGACGCUUGGCGCAGAGACAGUGUCAAGCUACACUGGAUUCCGAACGAUUUCUCGAGGUAUGGUAGGUGGGGUAGAAAGGCCUCUUCUGAAUGGCAAAUUCAUCUUCAUCUUUGGCACUCUUGACCAAGGAUACUGGCCCGACGGAUUGUAUACUCCGCCGAACCGAGAGGCUAUGGUGUAUGAUAUCGAAACUCUGAAGAAUCUGGGGUUUAACAUGCUUCGCAAACAUAUCAAAGUCGAGAACGCUCUUUUCUACCAAGCAUGUGACCAAAUGGGUAUCAUGAUCAUCCAAGACAUGCCUUCUCUUCGGCCACUACAAAGCUACACUGGUCCAAACUGUGAGAAUAUUCCCUAUUUACCGAAUGUAGAACAACAAGUCGAAUUCGAUCGACAGCUGGAGGUUCUCGUAAACCAACACAAAAGCUAUCCGAGCAUUGUAACAUGGGUCAUUUAUAAUGAAGGCUGGGGCCAAGUGACCACUACUUAUCCCGAGUUUGGGCUAACAGAUCGAGUGCGACAACUCGACCCAACCCGUCUCAUCGACAGUACAUCAGGUUGGUAUGACCACGGCGCCGGUGACUUCAGCGACAACCACCACUACGCAAACCCCCAAUGCGGCUCCCCCUUCUACUCCAUCCAGUCCUCCCCCUACGACCCAACCCGCAUCGGCUUUCAAGGCGAAUUCGGCGGCAUCGGCCACAAUCUCUCCAUCGCCAACCUCUGGAACGUCCAAGACGCUAUCAACACUAUCAACCAAACUUAUGAAAUCGAUACGUCACUCGAAGCGUGGAACUACAGAGCGCACAUUCUUCUAGGAGAGUUAAGGGAUCAGACGGCACUGUUUGCUUGCAGUGGGGGCGUGUGGACGCAGACGACGGAUGUGGAAGGCGAGGUUAACGGGUUGUUGAGUUAUGAUCGGAGGGUCUUGAGGUGUGAUGUUGAGCAGUGGAAGAGGGAUAUUGGGGCGUUGUAUGAGGCUGCUGCUGGGAGGGGGAAUGGGACGGUGGUGGUGAGGGGGUUGGUUUGA